AUGAAUAUUAUUAUAUUAAAUAUAAAAAAUAAUAUAUUUAAUAAUAUAAUAUUUAAAUAUAAAUAUAAUUUUUUUAUAAAGUUAUAUUUAAAUUAUUAUAUAAAGAUUUAUAAAAUAAUUAAUUAUAUUAUAAAAUAUUAUUAUAUAUAUAAUAUUUAUGUAUAUAAAUAUACAAAAAAUAGAAGUAUUAUAAAUUAUAGUAAUAAAAAAAUUAGAAUACAAAAAGGAACAGGAAAAGCUAGAUUAAAAAAUAUUAAAUCUCCUGUAUGUAAACAAGGUUCUUGUAGUUUUGGUCCUUAUUAUGUAAAAAAUAGAAUUAAAUAUAAUAAAUUUAUAUAUAAAUUGAUUUUUAUAUAUUUAUUAUGUAAUAAACGUAGUAAUAUAAUAAUAAUAAAAUUUGAAAAUAUAUUUAAUAUGUGUAAUUAUGUUAAUAUUAUUGAUUUUAAAAAAUUUAUUAUUGAUUAUUUUAUAUUUAAAAUUUUAUAUUUUAAUGGUAUAGUAUUUAAACAAAAUAAGGUAAAUAAAUAUAAAAUAAUGAAUUUUUAUAAAAUUAAUAAUAAGAAUAUGUUAUUUAAUUUGAUAUUAUAUAAUUAUAUUAUAUUAAUAAUUUAA